GUCGACUCUUGGCUCUUCUUGACCCAAACAACUGAAAAACAGAGAACUACAGAUAUUGAAGAAUAAACAGAAAUCAGGAGACAUUUGGUGAGUCUGACAGCAAUACGACGACCUUUCAGGAUGAUAAAACAUCAGCCAAUGGUUUGAGACAUUGUUGUGUACCCAGCCUAUUGCUCAUCUGAACGUCAACUUUUGGGUUUUAUAUUUACUCUCUAAUGCUGUUGAUGAUGAGCUCUCAGAGGAAGUUUGGAGUGAAGAAAGAAGUUUCUGAAGUUAAAGAGGAAUAUGUCACACCAAACGGCUAUGAGCUUGAGAAACAUCUCACACACGGCAGUGUGGCCUAUACACACGUCAAUGAAGUCUGGCCUAACGUCUACAUAGGAAAUGAAGAGACAGCAAGAGACCGAUACAAACUGAAGAUGAUGGGCAUCACACACAUCCUGAACGCUGCAGAGGGUGAGUGGAACAGUGUGGAUACAGGAGCCGAAUACUACAGAGACAUGGACGUGGAUUACUACGGUAUCACAGCAGAGGAUGUGCCCACCUUCAACCUCAGUCAAUACUUCUGUUCUGCAGCAGAAUACAUUCACCAGACCCUCAGAAACCCACAGAAUAAGCUGCUUGUUCACUGUGUGAUGGGUCGCAGUCGCUCCGCCACACUUUUCUUGGCUUACCUGAUGAUCUACGAGAACAUGACGGUCGUAGACGCCAUUGAUCACGUCAAACGUCGGCGACGCAUCAUCCCAAAUUGGGGCUUUCUGAAGCAGCUGAGAGAACUAGACUCUGACCUGCUGGAAAAGAGAAGAGCUACAAACACACAAGCUCAGGAGACCGCUCUUAAAUAAACCAAAAACAAUGUUUACAGUGUCCACAAUCACCUCACAUUACAUGUAUUUUAGAUUCAAGGACUACAAAUAAAUAAAUAAACAGAUUUGCAUUUUCUGAUGGAAAUAAUAGUCCAUUCAGAAUGCAAAUACUACAAUGGCAUCAUUGUUGUUGGUCAGGAUUUGGCUGGUUAGCACAGGCCACUUAGCCCCUGUUGUUAGAUGCCGUAACUACACUAUUCAGUGGGCAAAAAGCCCCCAUUUCCCCAUUUCCGGCCAUUCAAAAAAAUAUGCACGCAACACAAAUCAUAAAUACCUCAUAUUAUAUGACAUAAUACAAUGACCGUUUUUGUUUUUCUUAAAAAAGAGAAAUGGACUCAACCAAGGGUGUAGGCUUGGUUUGAAAGUUGGUAGGGACACAUUACAAGGAUGAUGAUAUUUAAAAUGUUGGUUUAAAGAAAUGAGAAUGUCAGUCUGGUAAUAUAGGCCAAACAACAUUAUUUUCUCAUAUAUGUAACAAGUCGCAUUUUCCAUUUCUCUGGCACACCACAUUAAAUAUUAGCCUGAUUUUUGAAGAAUAAACAGGUUUAUUUAGUGGAGGAAAAAUACAAUAUGUGAAAAACAGGUUGGAUUAUAUGAUGACGAUAUGUGAUAAAUUUAAGAUUAAUGUCUCAAAAUCAUAUUCAGUUGUUUUUUAGUAGAUCUACAAUGAGAAAACAAUGAUAUCAAUAGACAAAGUGACAUUCUGUAAAUUGUAUCAUACAGCAAUAAACAAAUGGAAAUCUAAACAAAUGGCAGGCUAAUUUUCAACAUUUUCCCCCACUUUCUACUUUCCAAAUCCCCUCACUCCCAAAUAUUUCACACCCUUACCUGGCACAAUUGUUCAAAUUCAAAGGUGUCUUCAUUUAGAGGGCGCUUACCGGCUGUAAAAACAGAAUCGUCCAUUGGGUUGGAUGCAAAACUCAAGGAGAUUUAUUUUUUUCGUAGACAACAUUUGUAUACAUAAAAGUAUGCUUCUUUAAAUCUAUUAAUUUCAAGGAUUGAACCUAAAAUACAAAAGUAAAUUCGCCCGUGUAAUCUACAGAAAAUUAAGCAAUCAAAAAUGAGAAGAGUAACAGGUGCCAUGUGACAACACCAUUUCUGUGCUGCUCCAGAAGAGGUUGGACAAUAAUUUAAGCAUGAAUUGCAAUACUGAGGAACUUUAAUAGUAAUUAAAAUGAAAAUAAAAACAUAGUAUAAAGUUAGAGUACAUUCCAUGUGGUAAAAUUGCCCACAUGUUGGUGGGGACAUUUCUGAUUUUCUAAAAGUUGGUAGGGACAUUUGUUUUCAUACCAUCCCUACCUAAAUCUACACCUCUGGACUCAACUACCAACACAGCACCUCCCAGAUAACAAUGUUUGGUUCCCAGAACAUUCCCAGAAUAGACAUUCUAACAUUCUCUUUUGGUUAGCCAGAUUUAUUUUUUUAGUUUUUACAGAAAUAGAACGUUCUCUUUAGGCCCCAUAUAUGGGCUGCCAUGGGAACGCACAGAAUGAUUGGCAGGCAGAAAGUGCUUCAAAGUCUUCUGACUUGGGUAAACAAAGCGUCUGACCACGGGCCGUGCUCAUUUCUCUGCAGUUUGUCUGGGACAUCUUUGCUUCAACAAAAAACUUCUACAUGCUCUUCUCAAUAUGACUUGAAACUUUAUCAAAUCAACAACAUAUAUAUAUAUAUAUAUAUAUAUAUAUAUAUAUAUAUAUA